GUUUAAAGAGCACAUCGCCUCGACCCAUGCAUUCAUGAUACGUUUCGAGUCCUCCUCAAGACGAAGAAUACUCAACAUGCUCAGCAAAUUGCGCGGACCGGCCUUGAUAUGGGCCAUCACCUUGUCGUCAGGAUCCUGCUACCUGCUUUUUGGCUAUGAUCAGGGCGUCCUGGGUGGGCUGGUGUCCCAACCAAGUUUUCUCGAUGUCAUCGGAAACCCCAGUGCCUCAUUCCUCGGCACCAUCGUGGCUCUCUACAACGUCGGCUGUCUGGUUGGCUGCAUGGCAGCGGCGAUCUGGGGUGACAGAUUCGGCAGACGGAACACCAUCCUCGUGGGCAACGCCAUUAUGAUUGUUGGCGCCGUCAUUCAGACAGCCACCUACGGUGCUGGGCAGUUGAUCGCUGGUCGACUUAUUUCCGGCCUGGGGAAUGGCUUGAAUACUUCGACCAUCCCAGUGUACGUCUCUGAGACAGCCCGAAGCCACCGCCGGGGCCGCAUGGUCGCUGUUCAGCUCUCCAUUGUCAUCUUUGGGAUAGUUUUUGCCUACUGGCUUGACUACGGCACCAUCAACAAUCUCGAAGGGGAGGUUGUGUGGCGCUUCCCCAUUGCGUUUCAAAUCGUCUUCGCCCUCAUUACCAUGGCCACCAUGCCCUUCCUCCCUGAAACCCCUCGAUGGCUCUACUCUCACGGCCGGAAGGAGGAAGCUGUCACUGUCCUCGCAAGACUCAUGGACACAUCCGAGGAUGAUGACCAAGUCCAAUUCAUCAAGACCGAGAUGGAGGAAUCCCUCGAACUAGAACGACAACAGGGUUCCAUCACCCUGAAAGGCAUUCUCAACGACAAGACAGAGCUUAAGCCCAUGAGACGGCUGCUUCUCUGCUUUUUCAUCCAGUUUUUCCAACAAUUCAGUGGCGUCAACGCCGUCGUCUUCUUCGUUACCAUCAUCCUCGAGCAGAACGUGGGCCUGUCCAGCUCCACUGCCAGUCUGGCCGCGGGAUUCAUUCAGAUGGGACUUUGGAUCGGAACGUUGCCAACGAUUUUGUACAUUGACACUUUUGGCAGACGACCGACUCUUCUCAUCGGAUCAGCUGUCCAGCUCAUCUCGCUGGUCUUGUUCACGGUCGGAAUUGCCAAGCACGGGGAUGGGUACUCCAAUCUGGCUCUGGCCAUGUUGGUUCUGUUCCAGAUCACGGUUGGAAUGACCUGGUGCACCGUGCCGUGGAUCUAUGCGCCCGAGAUCACGCCUCUUCGCCUCCGGCACAUCGGCGCCGCCAUAGGUCCCUUCUCGGAAUGGCUGUGUACUUUUAUCAUUGUCCAGAUCACGCCCACUGCCGUUGAGCACACGGGCUGGAAGAUUUUCCUGCUCUUCAUCCUGCUGCAAGCUUUGAGCAUUCCCUGGGUCUACUUUUUCGUGCCCGAGACCGCCCGGAAAACCCUCGAAGAGAUCGACUAUAUUUUCGUCAAGGGCGAGGCUCGGGAUCGCUUGCACGAACGCAUGCACGAGCAAGUCCAAGGAGUCCCUCAAGAUGGCAAGUCGGAGAUGGAGGUUGGGGCGAGUCAGACGUUGGAGUUGGCCGUGCCUCGGAAAGAAUAG